CUCACCGGGAAAGGCAGCUGCUGAGGCGCGGGGCGGGGGGGUCUCCGAGCGCCUCCCGAGCCCAGCGGGCCCCGACGGGGCGUCGAUCCCUCGGCCAGGGCGGCUCGGUCUCUGCCCCGUUCGCAGCCGGGACGGGGCGCCCGGGGCCCGGACGCGCGGUCCCUUCGGAGGGAGCGAUCCGGCCGCUUGGGAGUGGGGCGCGGGGGGAGCCCCUGAGCACGAUGUCCAUGCCUGGUGCCAGCUGCAGACUCUGCUGAGAAGAUGUUCACCUGCCACCCAUCCAACGUCUCCCUGCUGGGGGGGCCCACCAGCCCCGGGGCACCCCUCCCCAUGCCUGUCAGUGGUUUGCUGCCGGGGAACUCCUCGGGGUGCCGGGUGGAGCCACUGAAGCAGCCCCUGCCCUCACCAGCCAUGCCCAUCUUCUCCAUGACACUGGGUGCUGUCUCCAACAUGGUGGCCCUGGCCAUCCUGGUGCAGUCCUACGCCCGCUUCCGGCGCCGCUCCAAGGCCACCUUCCUGCUCUUUGCCAGCAGCCUGGUCAUCACGGACUUCGCCGGGCACGUCAUCCCGGGCGCCUUCGUGCUGCGGCUCUACGCCACCCGGCAGAAAUGGGAUGCCAUGGACAGCACCGGCGCCAUAUGCCAGUUCUUCGGCGCCUGCAUGGUCUUCUUUGGCCUAUGCCCACUCUUCCUGGGCUGCGUCAUGGCGGUGGAGCGCUGCGUGGGGGUGACGCGCCCGCUGCUCCACGCCUUGCUGGUGACCUCUGUCCGGACCAAACUCACCCUGCUGGGGCUCUGGGCCUCAGCCCUGGGCAUUGCCCUGCUGCCCAUCUUCAGCUUCGGCAGCUACACCAUCCAGCACUCAUGCACCUGGUGCUUCAUCAAGGUGCAGCCGGCGGAGAGCUGGUGUGAGGUGACCUUUGCUUUGCUCUUCUCCCUGCUGGGCCUGGCCUCCCUGCUGGUCGCCCUGGUCUGCAACACCCUGAGCGGGCUCAGCCUGGUGCGGGCGCGGCUGCGGGCCCAGCGCAAAUGCGGGCAGCGGCACACCAAGGCCCACGACAUCGAGAUGGUGGUGCAGCUGGUGGGCAUCAUGGUAGUCUCCUGCAUUUGCUGGAGCCCUAUCCUGAUCUUCGUGGUGCUGGCGGUGGGCGACAAGGCCGGCGCGCUGCACUACCAGCGGCUGCUGUUCCUGGGCGUGCGCCUGGCCUCCUGGAACCAGAUCCUGGACCCCUGGGUGUACAUCCUGCUGCGCCGGGCCGUGCUGCGCAAGCUGUACAGGGUGCUGUGCCGCCAGCCCCCGGGGAAGGGCAGCCGCUUCGAGCGCUGGGAGGUCAGCUCCUUCCAGAGCUCCGACCGCAGCAUGGUUGCCCGCUCGUAAGGACCCGGCCGGACAAGACAGGGCGGCUGCCCCAUGUCCCUGGCAGGGCCUUGGCACCAGUGCCUGCUGGAGACAUACUUGGGGGGGACGUUGGAUGCCACCAGGUUGGACGAUGGCGCCGCACCCGCCUGGGGGGCCUCCCCACUGCAGAUGUGGCAGGAGCUGAGC